AGGAAUAUUUAACUGUGAUUGAUCGAUGUGCUUACAGUUACGAUUAAAACUUUUUCGCAUGUCGUGACUUUGAAGUUCUUAAAAAAGGAUCUUACGACAGUCAUCGAAGUGUUUGUUAUCCGUCAUAUAUUUUUGACAUAAAGAAAUAUGUCAUUGAACACGGCGCAUACCAACGGUGGAGUUCUUCUCCACGCAGGUGAAUGCAUUAUACUCUUCUCCGACAAUGUCACGAUGGAAUUUCACGGACAGGAGCAGCCGGAAUUCAUCGGGAAGAAGCAAGGCAGAUUGUACUUGACGACGCAUAGAAUGAUUUUUAACUCCAAGGACCAAAGGGACAGGAUGCUGUCCUUCAGCUUUCCAUUUGUGACAUUGAGCGAAGUUGGAUUGGAGCAACCAGUAUUCGGGGCAAAUUAUAUAGGUGGCAAGUGCCGUGCCCAGCCGAAUGGUAACUGGAUCGGAGAAUGCAAAUUUAAGUUACGAUUCAAGAGCGGAGGAGCAGUGGAUUUUGCGCAAGCUUUGUUGAGAGUAGCGUCAAUGGCUCAACGCAAUGGGCCUUCCAAUGAUGCGCCACCACCAUAUACCCCUCCAUUAUCCGAUUGGUAUCCUGCGCAACCUUCAGCUUAUCAGCCUCCACCAACUGGAUAUUAUGGAUGGAUACCUCCAACCAAUGUAUUUCCCGAUGUUCCACCAGGAAAUACGGUCUUUGUGACGGAUAGUCCGCCACCGUAUCCCGGUAUACAGCCGGGAUAUGGAUAUGCAAGCGGGCCGCCGCAUCAAGGUGCCGGAGGUGUAGGUAUGGGACAGUCAGGAUCUCCCGGAUGGGCUAAUCCGAAUUACAACGGCCAGCCGAUGUCUCAAGCAGAUGCAAAAGCCGCUGAAGCUGCGCAGAGCGCAUAUUAUGAUCCUAAUAGACCUCAAUGCGCUUACGUUCCACCACCAGAAUAUUACGAAAGUCCGCCGGCUUAUGCUAAGAAGUAUCAGUGAAUAUUUGUUGCAAGUGAAUUAUAUAGUGCAAUCGAUAUGCAUUCCACUUUAGACGAAUACUGCAAAAUUGUAUGUUGUCGUGUAUUUAAUAUUUCAGACAUAUGUACACUAUGUUCAUUAUACAGCAAUUCUUGAAUUUUCAAAAUGCGUAGAUUCAAGAUGAAGGCUGAAGAUGAAUGCUACUAUUGUUACAGCGCUAUGCAACGUUAAAGCACAGGCAUUAUAUAUUGUAAGGUAUUUGCAACUAUGUAUUAACGCGAGUAUUUAAAAUUACUUCUUAUGUA